UCGGACGCGUAGAAUGUAGCUAAGUCAUAGAUUGAGCUAGAUAUUCGUUUGGACUUGAUUACCAGAAAAAUUGACCGAAACAAGUCACAUUUGCGUCAACAAAACGUGCGCAUGUAAAGCAUAUUUAAACGCUAAUGUACAAUGCCCGGGUUUAUGUAGUUCAAGGUUUGUAUGGACGAGAUAGCAGACGCAGCCAACCGAGCAAUGCGGCGCUAAAGCUAGUCACCGCCUUUAAAGAUCACAUAUACUUUUGUUUACUUUACAUAUACAAACGGAUUUGUCCGAUAAAGUCAAAAAUGGCUAAUACAGUCCUGGGAGUCGGCACAGGGGUUUUUGUCAUUGCUGCUGUUUGGAUUGUGGCUGUGGUGCUUUGCAUGGUGCUUCUUCGAGCCGCCGGACCAGUAAAGCUGGGAGUUAUCCCCGUUUUCCUCUUGGCUCUCACCGUCUCCUUGGCAUUGGGGUUUUUCCCUCGGACUCCAGAGACGCGACCUGCUUUCAAAGAGAGAGAGAUAGCGGACAGUUUGUUCAUCGCUCGCUAUGUGCUGCUGGCUUUAGUAAGUGUGAUCUUUCUCAUGGCGUUGUUCAUGCUGCUCCCAUUUCAUUUUCUUGAGCCCAUCUAUGCUAAAGCUCUGAGAACACGCUAACAUUGCCAUGGUCAAAGUUGGCACUGGAUCAAAUCCUGAUGUAAACAACCUCAAAGAGGAGCCAGCAAGAGGCCCCCGACUUCAUCUUCAUCAAAGACUACAGAGACGUUCCCAUGGUCAACUUUUUGUGUGCUUCCAAUGAUUUUGUUUGAUUGUGUCAGUUAACCAUUUACAUUCAAUGGAUCACAAUACAUGAAUCAAUAAAUGUGGGCCCUAAAUGAUAGAAUGAUAAUACAAGGUACAUCUUCAAUGAUUUUUAGAAACAAGAAGCAGGAGCACAAUUAUUAAUUUUUAUUGUAUUUGAGUCAGAGUUAAACAUCCAGGCUCAAAUUGAUAUAGUCACCUACAUCUUAUAACUACUGGAGCUGAAGGUUGUUUUUUUUACUUGACAAUACCAAGUCCUAUUAAGUUAUUGUUAAUGAUCAUGAGUGACUGUAGCUGGUAGUUUCUCCUUGGCAAUGUGAAACGACUUGUUUGAAAGCAUGCAUUGACUCAACCAAAACUCAGAACAAUGGGAAAGUCCAAGGAAGUCAGCGAAGAUCUAAGACAGAGAAUUGUACAUUUACACAAGCUGGGAAAAAAGUCAAAGGCAACGGAAUCCUGAAGGAGGACUGCCCAAAAACUAAGUCAAAUCAACAGCGAGGCAACUAAAACACAGUUGGAUGCUGCAACAGGACAAUGAUCCCAAUCACACAUCAAAACCAGUUUGGGAAUGGAUAAAGCCAGCAAAAAUAAAGCUUAUGGAAUGACCGUCCCAAAGCCCCGACACUCUGCUCAAAAGCCAGGUGCAUGCUGGCAAACCAAAUACUUUAAAUGAACUGUACCAAUUCUGCCAAGAGGAGUGGUCAAUUAUAUGGGGGUGUAUGUACAGUAUAUACUUCAACCUGUAUGUAUUGACCCUUGCAAGUAUACUGUACAUGGUAUAAUCAUUCAAAGCAACAAUAAGAACAGGUCCAAUAAAUCACUAAGGGCCCGACAUUGAUAUGGGAUUCAUUCCCAUGAUGAGUGUACUGUAUGUCAACAUCUGACCAGUUUAAACAUUAAAAAUAAGUUAUUUAAAUCCCUGUUGGUGUUCCUGGUCAUAACUUACAAAUACAUGACUCUGAAAAACAAACACAAUACAAUGUACAUGUGUGCAUGCGUAUGUGUAUAAGCUGUUCAUUUCAUGUUAAAAUAAAGUAUCGCAUUCUGCACUUACUCAGUUUAUGAAGAUAAACACCUUCAAGAAAGUAUCGCAUUUUGGUAUGUUUCAUGGCAGCAGGGCACUGUUUACUGAAAUAUCAAUUGUAACAUUUACAUUAAAAAUGCUCUAUUGUUUUAUGCUUGAUAUGAACUUUGUAUGAGUAAAUAAAUUAGUUUUAAGUCAAAGGUUUUGAAAUAAAAAGUUUUAAAAGUAACAAUUUUAGUUACACUGUGUGCAGACUACACUGGUUAUGUUAACAAGGUGUAACGUUUUGUCAGAGUUUGGUCCAAGUUCAUGUUUUGGAUGCACAAAAAUGCGUUUGGUGCACAAUGAGAUGUUAUACUUUGGAAAUCACAGCAGCUGAAACGUUACUUUCACCUUUUUGUGUUAUUUCUUUCAUCGUGUUUGUGACAAACCUUUGCAUGUCACAAAAUGGGGAUGAGCAAACGGGCUGAAAUUGGUAUCAGGUUGUGUUUUUACACAACAGACUCAAAGAAAGUCUUUGACAAUGUUUCCCUUGUUUAAUCAAUGUGUUUGCAGUAUAUUUUUAUAUACAUCUGUGUAUCUUUAUAGUCUGUGCGUCAUGCCGCUUGAAGAGAUUAAAAAUCAAUUAAAUUAAACUAUCAUUAAUCAUGAUUAAUCACCAUUUGCAACUAUGUGUGAAAUAUGCCCCUUUUUACUGUAUUUUAUGAACAAAAACAUAAAUGAAAAGACAAAUGAUAGGACAUAGUUAUAUAUUUAUAUUUGUAUGUAUUAACAGCUCCAAAUAAACUGAAAAUUGAAAGAAAGCUAAAAGAUACCACACGUCUGAAAAUCUACUUGCCUAGUAUUAAUCUCUUUAAUAGUAAGACAACAUUUGAUACGCACUUUAAUUGUGUUAUUGAGCUAUGAAGAGUUUAAAGAACCAAGUAAUUUAAGUUGAAUUCACGUUUUGAGUGUAUAUGUAUU